AUGACGAGGACGCCGAUGCCGCUGCCGAGGACCCCCGAGGAGGCCCUGGACUUCGGCAAGAAGAAGAAGAAGGACAAGAAGGAGAAGAAAGAUGAGGACGACGAGCCAGCUGCUGGAGGAGACGGGGAGGCACUCGAAUUCGGCAAGAAGAAGAAAAAGGACAAGAAGGAGAAGAGACCCUGUCCCAUCGUCGGCGAGGUCAUUGAGGUGGCGCCCGUGCCGAAAAAGGACAAGCUCCGCCUCUGCAAGGUCAGGAUCGCGGAGGACGCCGACCCGGUGAGCAUAGUAACCAAUGCGGUCAACGUGGUGGCCGGGGGCAAGUUUCUCUGCGCGCUGCCCGGGGUGACCACCGCAGACGGCAUCGAGGUCAAGGAGGCAAAGGUCGGAGGAGUGGACAGCACGGGCAUGUUCUGCGGACCGGUGCAAAUGGGCUGGGACACGGACGAGCUCGACGAGAAGCUUGCAGUGCAGGUCAGCGACGACAUGGGGCCCGGGGACCGAUUCCCGCCCUACGAAGAAGCCGUGGAGGCCUUCCGAGAGCGUCAGAAGGCAGCGAAGGCCGCGGAGGAGGCUGCGAAAGCAAAGAAGGAUGAGCAGGCAUCAAAGGACAAGGCGAAGAAGGGAAAGAAGGGCAAAGCCGGUAAGGCCGAGCCCGAGGACGACGAUUUCGAUGCCUUGCUGGAUGAGUUCAAGGAUAGCAAGGCGGCCACAGAGCAGCCUGCAGCGAAGGAUCAACAGAGCCCGCGGAGGCGGCGAAGGACGAGCCUCCGAAGGAGGACGGUCCUGGACGCGAAGACGCUGGCGAACCGCAAGAAGAAGGACAAGAAGAAGGGGGCGAAGGGCGCGGGCGGGGGCGACGACGAUGACGACUUCGAGGCGGCCCUCGGGGAGUUCAAGGACCCGAGGAGGCGAAGAACGACGAUGCCGCGCCACCAGCGGGUGAGGCCAAGGAGAGGCGGCCGGCGAGACACCAAAGGAGGCCGCUGGCGACGAGACUCUGGACGCCAAGGCGCUCGCAAACCGAAAGAAGAAGGAAAAGAAAAAGGCGAAAGCUGCAGUCGGCGGCGAGGGCAUGUGGGGCGAUGA